GAUCCUAUGGAACUACAAAAUAUCACAUGGGUGUCAGAGUUUGUCCUCUUAGGGUUCUCACAGACCCAGGAGCUCCAGAAAUUUCUGUUCCUAGUACUCCUAUUUGUCUAUGUCACCACCAUUGUGGGGAACCUCCUUAUCAUGCUAACAGUGACUUUUGACUCCCGGCUCCACACACCCAUGUACUUUCUGCUCCGAAACCUGGCUGUCAUAGACCUCUGCUAUUCCACAGUCACCUCCCCCAAGAUGCUGGUGGACUUCUUUCAUGAGACCAAGACCAUCUCCUACCGGGGCUGCAUGGCCCAGAUCUUCUUCUUCCACCUCUUGGGAGGUGCGACUGUCUUCUUCCUCUCAGUGAUGGCCUAUGAUCGCCUCAUUGCCAUCUCCCGGCCCCUCCACUAUGUCACCAUCAUGAACACUCGACUGUGUGUGGGGCUGGUGGUGGCUGCCUGGGUGGGGGGCUUUGUUCACUCCAUUGUCCAGCUGGCUCUGUUGCUCCCACUGCCUUUCUGUGGCCCCAACAUCCUGGAUAACUUCUACUGUGAUGUCCCCCAAGUAUUGAGACUUGCUUGUUCUGACAUCUCCCUCUUGGAGUUCCUCAUGAUCUCCAACAGUGGGAUGCUGGUUCUCAUCUGGUUUCUCCUCCUUCUUCUCUCUUACACUGUCAUCUUGGUGAUGCUGAGGUCCCACUCAGGGCAGGCGAGGAGGAAGGCAGCUUCCACCUGCACCACCCAUAUCAUUGUGGUAUCUAUGAUCUUCAUUCCCUGUAUUUAUAUCUAUACACGGCCCUUCACCCCAUUCCCCAUGGACAAGGCUGUGUCCAUCAGCUACACGGUCAUGACUCCCAUGCUCAACCCCAUGAUCUACACUCUGAGGAACCAGGAGAUGCAGGCAGCCAUGAAGAGAUUAGGCAAGCAUCUAGUGAUUUGCAGGGAGUAAAUUUUAAGUAAAUUGACUCUAAAUGACAGAUAUUCUCUCUGAAUUUUUGUCUUCCCAUGUGA